UUGUGAAAGUUGCGAGAUUGAGAAGUGGUGGAAUUUGGAAGAAGAACUUCUGCAACUUCAGAAGAACAAGAUUGGCAUUCGACGCAAGAUUGGCAUUGGGAAAUCCUAUCUGCAAAAUCAGGGUUGCUUUUGAGAUGUCUGAGGAGAGGUUUAAUGUUGUGGUCCACCAUGGUGGGACCCUAGUANGCCAAUAUCCUAUUGAAUAUGUUGGUGGGGAAAAGACAUAUUGGAGUGUGGACCCUGACAGAUGGAGUUAUUUCGAAGCAAUAGAUGUUGUUAAAGAAUUGGGGUAUUUGAAUGUGAGAGACAUAUUUUAUUGCAUNGAUAAUAUGCUACUUAAGUUGGAGGAUGAUAAAAGUGCAAUGAACAUGGUAGGCAUUGUCAAACGGUUAGGGGAAGUUAAGCUUUAUGUGGUUCACGGUGUGGAUGAUGCUACUUAUGUUCAAAUAGGGUUUGCUGCCAGGUAUUGAACAACUUUUACCUAAGGCAGAGCAUAGAUUUUGCAUGCGACACAUGUAUGCAAAUUUUAGGAAGAAGUUCUCUGGCCAAAAGUUGAAGAAUCUAAUGUGGAAAGCUGCUGCAAGUACAUAUCCCCAAGCUUGGGAAAAAGAGAUGCUAAAUAUGAAGGAAGUGAAUGAAGAGGCUUACAAAUAUCUGAUUGUUAUCGNGCCAANGUAUUAU